GGGAUUGGACAGACUUUUUUCGAAUUUUAAAGUUUUGUUUUUCUUAUUUUUAAUUAGGAAACUGUUCAAAUUGGGAUCUGUCCGAUCCUUCCCACUUGUCUGCUUCCUACCUAUACCUCCCCCUCCAGUCCGGGUACUGGGCCAGUCCAUCAGAUUGGCCCUCGAGUGACUCUUCAGACUUCGGGCACAGCAGUGCAUGACACUGCUCACUCGAUCAAACACCAAGUCCAUGGACCGGAAGGCGAGAGAAUCCCUCCUGGCCCAUGAGGAACGCCUGGCGGCAUUCAUUCAGGAGGCCAACGAUAGGGCCGCCGCCGCGGCCAAGGAACGUAAUCGGCUCGAACAAGAGGAGGCGGUCAAGCGACAGAAGGAGGAACAGGACCGACUUCGUCAAGAAGAGGGAGACCUGCAGGCGGCAGCCGAACACCGGUCACGCCAGCGGGAACGACUGUUCACGCGGGAGACCAUGAUCGGCGAUGAGGCCGCACAUUGGGUGGAAGUGACAUCUGCAGACGGGGCCCCGGAGACUGAGAAAGGGCUGUCAGCCCUUGCGCAGGUCUUCCACGACCUCGUGGCCACCUGCGCUCUACAGCAGGAGGAAGUCCUUCACCUCCAGCAGACAGUGGACCAGAUGCUCGUACGGCUGCAGGCGUUGGAGAAACAGCCAGCUGCUGUAGCAGCCGCAGGGCCUUCCACCCUUACCACCCGUGUGCAAGUUUUGGAGGAUGACGUCAGCAACAUCAAGCGUGUGCAUCAGGACUUCCGGACGUCGCAGCAAGCAACGAACUUGCAGUUGGAGACGCAGGCCCAGGCUGCUGCCACCAUGACGCCCGCCGCCGCAUCCUCCCGGCGCCCACCCAAGCUGGAUGACAUUCCCGUCUUCUACGAUCAGUCCAAGACGAAACCGAUCCCGUGGUGGCUCCAGUUUACUCUCAGGCUCGACAUGCACCAUGUCCCGAACAACGAUCGACAUCCGUGCUUGUACCACCGAUCUGGUGGUGCAUGUCAAGCAUGGCUGGACAACAUCUUGACCAGCCACGGCGUAGCAGAGUCGGAACUGCACACCAAGCUCACUUGGCAGGAGUUGACCGACGCCUGGCACAAGCGAUUCCAAGUGGAGCCGCCCGACCUGCAAGCGAUGGACAAGCUCAACAAGCUCCAUCAGAACACGCUGCUCAGUUAGGACUGGAUUACCGAGUUCCAAAGACUCGCCUCCACACCUGACCUGCCGCUUGCUUUCAGCGCCAUUAAGCACUUGUUUAUCAUGCG